AUGGCCGAUCGGAGGAAUUCUAGGGCCUCAAGUCGCAGUCGCGUCACUACUCAACCUACGCAGGCCUCUUCCACUGCACAAAGCCCAACUUCACGGGGCUCGCGGCGAUCUGCUCGUAUAACAGCCAGUCAAGAGCGUGAGUCCCAAAGGACCUUAUACUCAAAACCACGAAAUACACGAGCAACGAGCGUAGAUAGCAAUGGGAGUCGCAUCAGUGCUCUGUCACGCGGCGCAAGGAAAGGUGCACAGAAGGCAAAGGUUGAAGAACUCGCAACAGUCUUGGAAGACGCACCUAGCCAUGGUGAAGAGGAGGAACAAUAUAUCGCCGAUCACGAAGCUGCAGAGCUCUCAGAUGAGCACGCUGUGCCUUUAAGAACAUCUGGUGAUACGGCUCUGGAUACGUCUCUUGGAGUGCUAUCACAAAUAUCAGGAACAACAGCUUAUUCUCACGUCGAAGCUCAGGAGCUGGACUCUGAACAAAUGCUGGACGAGCUGGACGGACUGUACUCAAAUAGUAAACGCUUCUUGAAGAGAUUCGCUCCAGCUGAUGCAGACGCGGAUGUGAUCAGGGACUUGCACAGUGAUCUCCUAGCAAAGGACAAUAACAUAAGGCGCACCUUCGACCGGAUAUGGCAAGCGCUUGAGCCUUCCUUGACUGUUUAUCUCGGCUCGCAAAAGAAGUAUAUAAGCACAACCAGCGUUCUGAGGAGUUUAUUUAGUAUAGACGCACCAGGAGACUUCUCAAGAAAGAUUGCUGGUAUUCAAAAUCGUCCGGAUCCAGUUCUCUUCUUGGCAAAUUUGGCCAUGUUCAUACGAACUAUUCUUCCGUCUACAAGCGAAGAACCCGUGUCAUGGGAACGCCUCUUACAUAUGGACACUGAUUUCCCGAAAUUGUUCCUCUCUGGUUUUGCUAAGCCAAAUGUUGGUCGAACAUCUGGAUAUAGUAAUAACCUGCGUCCUACUUUCUCUCUUGCUUUGGAAAUCCGCACUCAAAUGGCAAUACAGCAUUUGAAGAGGCUACAAGAUGAAGGGCAGGAUGUAGAGGCUCUCGUGAGCUCGCUUGAUGACAUAUUCUAUGCACGGCGACCUGACGGGUCCAUCGACGUGAAGGGCUGGGACGUCGAUGGAUUGGGUUCUCAAACAGAAAUUCAGCCCCAGUUUCGCGAUAAAAUCGAGGCUCGCCACGAAAGACUGAAGAAGCUGCUUUACGACGCCACAAACGCCUCUGGUGAAGUCGAAUUUGAUCAAUUGGGGAAUGUAUUUACGUGGUUGGACUUUCUUGGGAUCGUAGUUGCAUGGGUUCAAGAUCGAGCAUCAGAGAUUGAAUCUGUCAUGAGUCUGUACUCAGAUGUUUCAUCUAUGGAGGCAAAACUCCGUGAGGAAAUCAAAGAGUUUGCGGCACAAGCGAAGGCCCGGAGGAAAUCAAGGAGAUCACACGGAGCGCACUCUGUCCACAUUGGGGGCAUAGAAGCUCUGAAGAACUUCACCGCGGAAGAUUUUGCAGAUCUGAAGGAUCCCAAUGAGCAAGAUCUAGUGGAUAAGACUGCCCCAAUCGUAGAAAUCGAACACAUUGAUCAUCUGGACGACGCUGUUCCCGACUUUUCUAACACGAUAGACGUGUCAGAAGAAGACGACAUUGACGAAUUGCCUUCAGUCGAACAAAUUACCAGACGUUCAGCUGCCACAGCAUCUAUCAAUGCAACGCAGAGCACGCGAAGGAGGCUACUUGAAAUAGAGAAACUCAAGAAAGGGAAAGAAAAUUUGGCCAGCUCCGCUACACAGCAUAACAGAGCGUCGGCAAGGGGUCGCCUAAUAGAUGUACAAUCAGGAGCUGAACCGGUCGAAUGGGGAGCCGAUGGUUUUGAACCAACUCAAUCUUCGGAGGCCGGCCCCUCCUAUACGCAGGCAACUCAGACUUCAAGAAAGAGGCAACGAGACGAAGAUGAUGAGGAUCCUACCGAGGACGAAGGCUUUCAGAAUGAUAAUCGAGUCGUUGAUACAGAGAGACGCCGACAACUUCAUAGCCGAAAGAGGUAUGCUGUGCAAGACUUUUCAUCCGAGAGACCUCAGCCAAGUUCAAGUAAGAUAAGGGAGACAGGCCGCAAUACACCAGCGUCACCACAAACAUGGCCUGCACAGAGGGCUUCUCAGCUACCUAUCGCCUCUCAAGACCUAGCGAAGAGACAAGCGCGAGAGAAUGUGGCAGCCAAAAAGAAGACGCAAACACGAGGGAAGAACCCCUGGACGGCCGAGGAGGAACAAAGACUUGUAGAGAGUAUUGGUCUUUACGGCUGUAAUUGGGCUGUCAUUCGCGAUCUUUUAGAUGACCAAACAGGGGCCAGGAUAUUUAAAGGCCGCGACAAUAUCAGCAUCAAAGACAAGGCGCGAAAUUUGAAGAUGAUGUUCAUCAAAUCAUACCGCAUGAUGCCUGAGAACUUUGAUCAGAUCUCCCUCGGCACCAGACUAGAGGGAAUACUCAUCGAUCAAGGAUUUAACCCUCAUCCAUAG